GUCUCUUUUGUACUUUCAUAUCAGGAGUGUACUUACGAUGUUUCAUUUAUAGAAAAUGUAAAAAAAAACUUAAAAACGAUAAACGCUUAAAGGUAGAAACACAUUAUUGAAACGCCACGCCACACAACGUGUCGCCACCCCAUGAGCACUGUGCACAUUACCAACACGUGAUGCCACGACACGCUCGCAAUUUUUUAAUUCAGUCUAUGUGCGGCGGUGAACAUGUAUAGUCGUGUACUAUGGAUCUUCUAAAUAACGAGUCAGAUGAAGAUUUUGAAGAUGGAUUGAUGCAAAUUUUGGGUACAUAUAUGUUACUAAAACGACUCAAGAAUAAGAAACAAACUAGACGUUACUGGGUGCAUGAAAUAAAUGAAAAGAGAAGUACGUGUGGUGAAUAUCAUGCUCUUUAUCAAGAUUUACUUAAUGACAGCGAAAGAUUUCAUAUGUAUUUUCGGGUUACUAAAACACAAUUUGAGGAAAUACAUGAAUUUAUUAAAAAUGAUAUACAAAAGAAAAGGACAACAUUUCGCGAAGCAAUCAGUACAAAAGAAAGACUUGCUGUAUGCCUCAGGUUUUUAGCCACGGGCAAUUCAUUUAGAUCGAUGGGAUUCAACUAUCGAAUGGGAUUCAGUACCGUACGAAACAUUGUGCAAGACGUUUGCAAUGCAAUUUGGAAGAAAAUGGGUCCUAUUUAUAUGCCCAAACCUACAACUGCAAUUUGGCAAGAAUCAGAAAAUGGUUUUAGAAAUUACUGGAAUUUCCCAAAUUGCUGUGGAGCAAUAGAUGGAAAACAUGUGAAUAUUAUUUGUCCUAUAAAUGGUGGUUCAAAUUACUGGAAUUAUAAGGGAACUAAUUCAAUCGUGUUACUAGCUGUAGUAGAUCCAAAGUAUAGAUUUUUAGUUGUGGACGUCGGAUCCUAUGGUAAAAACAGCGAUGGUGGCAUAUUUGAAAAAUCCAUUUUAGGAGAAUUAAUAGAAAAAGGAAAAUUAGAAUUGCCAGCCGCUAACCCUUUAACUCCAAAUUCAGAACCAUUGCCACAUGUGAUUGUGGCAGAUGAAGCUUUUCCCUUAAAACCAUUUUUGAUGCGACCCUACAGUAAGAAUGACGUUCGUAACAAUGAACCCAAUAAAAUAUUCAAUUACAGACUCAGUCGUGCUCGACGAAUAGUCGAGAAUGCUUUUGGCAUCUUAAGAUCAAGAUGGCGUGUAUUUGCAGGUCCUAUGUCAGUACAACCUGACAUGGUCGACAAAAUAAUUUUAGCAACAUGUUGCUUACACAAUUAUUUGGGCACGGAUAAUUUACCCUCGAACUGUGAUCAUCCAGAGACAAAUGUGACAGAAUCUACCGCCUUUGACAAUUUAAAUCCAAUUCGUAGAAAUUCCACACAAUAUGCUUUUACAGUGAGAAACAAAUUCAAAGAAUAUUUUAACAGUGAAGGCGCCGUUCCGUGGCAGCUUGAUAUUGUGAGGAGAGGUAGACAACAUUAAUAACAUGGCUACUCUUCAAAAAAAUCACAAAACUAAGUUCAUACGAGAUAUAUGUAUAUUUAGUUAACAUAGGUGUUCGGGAUACCCAGAACGUGAAACCUUUUUUAAUGUAAAACACCAAAACCUAUAAAGUAGGAACCUCUUUGUGUCUGUGUUUUGUUUUAUCUUUUUUUAAUUUUUCGUUGUCAAAAAUAAGUCUUGCGGAAUACAACUCUCUUAUAUAAUUUUCACGAAGCAUUUUUUAUUCAAUUUUAUAUACAGUCCUAUCCAAUAGGUAUAUAUAUUCAAGUAAAAAAUAAGUAUAUUCUAUUUUGUAAUAAAUAAUAUUCGUAAUAAAACUUACCUGGUGUAUCCAUUUCCCCUGCAAUUUCUUCCCAAGCAUUAUUUCGUACAGUAUGGUCCCUGUACUGAGCUAAAUUAGUAUUAUAUAGAAUAGGAUAUCGUUUCACUAAUUCUAUUAAUUGUUCGUCCCUCAUUUCCAAAAGAUGCAAAUAAAAUCCGCGUGCAAAAUCAAAGAAAGUUCUCGAACAAAUGACGCGUGGCGUCGGGUCUGCACUAGAAACACACUGCGAGCGGUGCGUCGGGUGGCGUGUUUACCCCCACCACCGGCGACACGUUGAUCUGGCAGUCAGGGAUCGGGUGGCGUGUACGCGCAUGUUGUUGCGUCGGGUGUUUAUAAUGUGAUUCUAGGCAUAGAAAAUAGUACGAAUUGAUUCCACUCAACACGCAUCACGUUUUGUCGGGUGGCGUGGCGUUUCAAUAAUGUGUUUCUACCUUAAAUCAAACUGAAAUAAAUUCCGUACUUCAACCCUGAUGUGGAAAAGAGGUUUUAUAAGUAUUGAUUGUUAUUAUAUAUACAUACAUACAUGUUAUCGCCUAGUACCUAAUUAGAUUUUAUACAUACUUGUACUCAGUUUUUCUUAAUCGUUAUAUUAUAUAAAAAGCAUUCAAUCUUACCUAGUAAAUGAAUAUACAUAUUCCGAGGAAAAUUCAUUUACUUUCCAACUAAUACUACAUUUAAAAAGUCACUAUCUAAAUAACUUUGUAACUAUAUCUGUUCUUUUUUUAUUUAAAUGUCGUGAUGUGCCAAUACAUACCUAUAUUUUUUCUAUAUGACCAUUAAGAAAAACGAAAAUAGUUUGGUUAGACGUUUCUAGGUGGCCUCACCAAUGACCAAAUAUCUGGUUGAAUAUCAACUCUCACAGGCGAUCUUAGGCUUUUUGUAUAACUUUCGCGCCUAAAUAUUGGGAGCAUCUAAGGUGAAUUGUGAGAAGGUCCUUAAAAUUUUGUCUGAAUAGUAUUAAUUUUUGAAAAUUGUUAAAAUCAGAUAUUUGGUUCUUGGUGAUUGUGUUGUCAGAGUCAAGUUUGUAAACGACUGUCACAAAUAUUUUUAAUAAAACUAUAAAAUUAAA